UACGACAGUACGUAGCCAUCGUUAUAGCUCCUCGUAGUGAUCCGUAGCAUUGUUCAUCCUACGCCGCGAAGUCCACGGGCCGAUCAACGUAGCAGGAGUCACCUGAACGGAUGCGGGUCCCACUCACUAUGCAAUGUAGAGCAAUACCUACAACUGAACUUCAGCUAGACUUAUCAGUCGUCUAAUUGUAACUAUUUGCUUAAAGAGGACCUACCUAUGUUACUGAUUAGCUUACUCAUGUAACCUCAUUGAAUUUGCAACAAAGCAAUAAAAUUACAUCGUCAACUAAGUUAUAUCUAAAUUUCAAAGCGGUUAUUGUUGCUUCGCUCAAAACUUACCAAAGUAGCUACACGCAGGAAACCGAGUGUUAAAACUUUCCAAAGCUCCGCGGUAUAAUGAACCAUCUGUUAGCUAACAAUAGACGUCGACCUUGAAGGCUUUCGCGGUAGAGUUUCGAAAGGGUAGGAAAUGAUUACGCCGAAGUCAGUAACCCAGGCGUGCGUUAUUGAUGGGAGCGCGGCGCCGAGACGCGGAAGAAGUGGGUCAGGGGGCGGGCUCGCGAGGGCGCGAGGGCGCGCGGGAACAGGGAGCGCGCAGUCGCGGCCGUCGCCACUCCGUGCCCAGCAUCCAGCCAUGGCGGACGCGCCGGCCGAGGUGCUCGAGCUGAACGUCGGCGGCGUGCACUACGCGAGCACGCGCGACACGCUGCUGCGCGAGCCGGACUCGCUGCCGGCCGUAGCGCUCGCCGACGCCGACCACCCGCGCGACGCCCGCGGUCGCAUCUUCUUUGACCGUGACGGCGUGCUCUUCCGUUACGUGCUGGACUACCUGCGCGACGGCGGACUCGUACUGCCUGAGUGUUUCCGCGAGCACAAGCGAUUGGCGCGCGAGGCACGACACUACCGGCUGCCGGGCCUGGAGGCAGCCGUACGCGACGCCGACCCUCGCCCGCCGCACCGCGAGAAGGGAUGCAUCACCGUCGGCUACCGCGGCAGCUUCGCGUUCGGCCGCGACGGUCUCGCCGACGUCAAGUUCCGCAAGCUGUCGCGGAUCCUGGUGUGCGGUAAGGUGACGCUCUGCCGUGACGUGUUUGGUGAGACGCUGAACGAAUCGCGCGACCCCGACCACGGUCUGGCCGACCGUUACACUUCGCGCUUCUUCCUUAAGCACUCGUUCAUCGAACAGGCGUUUGACAUGCUGCAGGAGCAGGGCUUCAAGUUGACAGCGAGUUGCGGCAGCGGGACGGCCGGUGGAGCCGCCGAGCUCAAGCCCGGGGUAGACUCCGAGGAGAACCGCUGGAACCACUACAAUGAGUUUGUGUUCGUGCGCGAGUAGCGCGCCAUACUACACACUACAGAGAUCAGCUGUCGCGAGUGACAGAGUGAACGACCGCCAACGCGGGAAAUAUUGCACGUGACCUACGAUUAAUUCUCUAUCAUACGAAAAUUUAACAAAUAACUACAUAUUUAUAGUUAAUCUUAACCAUUUUCCUACUUAAAUUUCGGAUCUCGUUAUUUGCUACAAAAUCUUGUUAUGUGUUUUAACAAGCCGCUUGUAUACAUUUUGACAUUUCGUAGCCGAUGAGAUUCUCUCUGUAAUGAAGUACAUAAAUAAACUAGAUCUAAACAGUAUAUAGAUAUGUAGAUAUAUAAAUGAUAAAUAUAUAAUCUGUAUCAAAUAUGUAGAUAAAAUGUAUUAGUAAUGUAAAGACUUAAAACGUAGAUGUUAAAAUAAAGAAUUAACUCUUAUAGAACUUUUACCCAGUAGACUAUUUUUACCAAAUAUAAAAAUAGAACUAUUUAUUUUGUAAUUGAGAACAAUAUAGUGAGAACUAUAUAAAAUGACACAUUGUAUAAUUUAACGCACAAUAUCAUGUUUUUUUAAGAAUACAUAAGACUAUGCGUUAACUUAUAGAAACAAAAAUAUCUCAAUUAAAUGUUUCCUUCUGUAAACCUCAUAUAUGAUUAAAAAUGUUGCUAUCUAAAUGUAAAUAUCAAAAUAUUGAAAGCCGUAAAGGUUUUACGAGCGCGUAUAAAAUGUACCUAAAAAUAUUACUUAUAAUCCACGUGAGGUUUCCCUCGAAACAAAGUAACGAGCGUUUAGAUUUAUAGUAUCGCAAAUUUAAUACAAGAAUAAGCAAUUUAAUUUAAUUGUUAAAUGAAAUAUAAAAAAAUACUUAAUAAAGCAAGUAGGUUAUAGCUUAAGGGAACCUUUAAACUAUCCUAAGUUAAACUUUACCUGAAACUUUCUAUAAUACUGUCUUUUAUAAUUUUCAAACAAAAUAAAUGUGUUUGUUAAUUUGUAAAUUUGUUUUGGCUUCAGCCUCGAUCUUGCCACAUUUAGGAUGUCGUAAAAGUUUAAUAAACUGAGCUUUAUAGCUUGAAUUAAAAGUACAUUUUCGAAGUACUUAAUAUUGAAUUUUUAACUAACUGAAAAUUAUAACACGUAGUUAUUGAUCUUAAGAUUAUUAAUUGCUAGCUGUUGCUUGCGACUUCGCCCGCGGGUAAUUAAAAAAAACAGCCUAUGUUAC